AUGUCUGCCACAAAACAGAUCAGAAACCCUGUACACGUCUACAUUGAUGAUUCCAACCUAUACAUUGGUGGUCAGAAACUGUACGACUCAUGGGACUAUGACAUCUCGAAGCUUCGUAACCUCAUCACACGAAAGAUUGGUCGCCUCAACAGGGCUGCACUUCUGAACUUCUACGGCGCACACCUUGAUCCGAAUCUGCAACUAGAUGACCUCUACGAGAAAGAUGAGAUCCACAGCAUCUUUUACUGCCCACGGAAUGGUCAAGGUGUAGAGAAACAAGCUGAUACCCAGCUCACUGCCGAUAUGACUCGCUGCGUCAGUCGAUCUCAUCCCAUCAAGGCUCCGUGUGUCUUUGUUGUGGUCUCUGGCGAUGGUGAUAUGGUCCCCGCUGUGAGAGAAGCAGCGGACAGCGGGCUCCGUGUGCAUGUUUGGGCUUGGCAACAUUCUCUUUCCCCAUGGUUCGGGGACCUCCAAAGGCAGGCGGCCUAUGGAGAACUGGUCACGAUUCACCUGCUUGAUGAGUACCUGUACGAUCUUCUAUGGUAG